AUGGCCGGCCCAGACGAAUGGCUAAUAACAAUAAAAAAAUGUCAAUUUUUAUCUGAAACGGAUAUGAAAAAACUUUGUGAAAUGGUUAAAGAUCUAUUAAUGGAGGAGUCCAAUAUACAACCUGUGCACACUCCUGUUACAGUUUGCGGUGACAUUCAUGGUCAAUUUUAUGAUCUGCUAGAAUUAUUCCAUGUUGGCGGGGAGAUUCCUGACACCCAUUAUAUAUUCAUGGUGAGCAAUUUUAUUAAUAAUAGAUCCAAAUUUACUAGGUUAUUACAGUUUAGAAACAUUCACUCUAUUGAUGGUUUUGAAAGCAAGGCAAGGGAGAAUGAAUAUUCAACGGAAUAUCCAGACAAAAUCACUCUUUUGAGAGGUAAUCAUGAGAGUAGGCAGAUCACGCAAGUGUAUGGAUUUUAUGAUGAAUGUCAAACAAAAUAUGGAAAUCCAAAUGUUUGGAAAUAUUGUUGUCAAGUAUUUGAUUAUUUGACUUUAGCUGCUAUUGUUGACGGUCGUAUUUUGUGCGUUCAUGGCGGCUUAUCACCCGAAGUUCGAACAUUAGAUCAGAUAAGAACAAUACCUAGAGCCCAGGAGAUUCCACAUGAAGGUGCCUUUUGUGAUCUAAUGUGGUCUGAUCCUGAAGACAUUGAUACGUGGGCUGUUAGUCCACGAGGGGCUGGCUGGUUGUUUGGUGCAAAAGUGACAAAUGAGUUUAAUCAGGUUAACGAUUUACAUCUAAUAGCUCGAGCGCAUCAACUGGUACAGGAGGGUUAUAAAUAUAUGUUUCCCGAUGAUAAUCUGGUUACUGUAUGGUCUGCACCAAACUAUUGUUAUCGCUGUGGUAAUGUAGCAUCUAUAAUGGCGAUUAAUGAAAACUUGCAAAUCGAUGAAAGCAGUUUUAAAAUUUUUAACGCUGUUCCUGAUCAAGAAAGGUCAAUCCCACAGAGAGCUGGUGUGGGUCAAUAUUUUCUUUGA